AUGAUGCUCAACCCGGUCCACUGCUCACUGCUCCCAGUUGUUGCAGUUGCUGUUCUUACAGCUGUUAAAGUUGCUGAAGGUCAGAAGGUUUCUGAAGACGUUGGGACAUCUUCCACCCCAUCUCCAGUUUAUCCCACCAUCAACUUUCAGGUCCUCAAUGUGAACCAUGUGUUUCUGAGGCAGGACAGUCCAGAGCCAUCAGGGAACUCCAGUCUGAAGGCUCAGAGCCAGACUUUUCUCAUCACUGGUCCAGGUGCUGGGCUCCUCCAACCAGCUGUCAACGCUUCAUAUGGCCCCCUGACUGUAGAUGCACCAAUAUCUCCAGACCAGCUCUUCAGUGGGCCCAGGAUCCUGCCCGUCAUUUUGGGCCGCCAGGUUCGUUCCUCAUCCCCUGUUGUCAAGAUUCUCUUCCACAUGCCCACAGAAAGUGACAUCGCCGUUGGACAAGAAAGGAAUGGAUCUGGAGUAGUUAAUGGGAGGAAAAGUGCUGGAGCCAAAGCAAAAGAUGGAGCUCACUGUGUGACGGCCUACGCCUUCUGGGAGAUGAAGGAAGUUCGUGGGGCAUGUCUUGUGUCUCCGGGUGGAUUCUGUGUAGCACAGCUGAAGCUGGAACCCGUCUGGUUCAGCUCAGCCAGCCGCUCAGGCAGCUCUAGCAGAGAAGCAGCAAGAACGGAAGGAGUUAAGGGGCUCCAGGGAAACCUUGUGGAGGUCUACUUCCAGAGUCGGCGAGAGCAGACAGGCCAAUGUACCCCGCAGGAUAGCCUGCAGCGUGUCGGUGUUGGAAGAAGAAGAGACUCUAAGGGAUCAGGGACACCAUUGAGGCGGAUAGGAAGUGUCAAUCUGCUGAGAUCUCUACCAGGGAACCCCACCUUUCUUCGACUGAGGCUGGGAGGCACUGUGGUGAUCCAGACCUCUUCUAAGCCGCUGAAGACCACAGAUGUCGCAACUUUCUACGUCUUCUUGGCUAGCACCUCUACCCUGGAAAAUUUCACUCUCAGGGCAACAGUAAAAACGGGCCUGUCAUUCAGUGCAGCGCGACCCAGUGACUCGGCGCUGUGGGACAUCUUGGUGGAACCCGGCAGGGAAGCGACUCCCAACACCGUCUCCGUGGUCUGUCAGAGGAAGGUUGCUGUCACUGCAAAGAGGGGUCUUCUGGAAGUUUUGCAACUGGACUUUGUGCCAGAAGAUGUCUCAGAGCAGGCUGAGAGUCAGACAAUCUCCUGGCGCCUGGAGUUGCCAGGAAACGUCAAGGAUGUGGGCAUAAUGCGGAUCUACACGACUCACAGAGACUAUGUGGGGCUGGCACCUCUGGUCAUGAACACUGAUAUCUUGAAUACCGCGGUGCUGACGGGUGAAAUGGUGUCUGUGCCUGUGAAAACUCUGGCUGUGGAGGCCGAUGGCUCAGUCACUGAUGUGACAAACUACACCAGCUGCAGGUCUACAGAGGAGGAUAUUCUCAAGGUGUCAGAGCGAUGUGACUAUGUGUAUGUAGACGGGAAGGAGACAAGAGGAAGGACCAGCGUGAUGCUCAACUUCACUUACGGUUUCCUGAGUGCCCAGCUGGAGAUGAGUGUAUGGAUGCCACGGCUGCCCCUCAUCAUCGAUGUGGCCGAUCCAGAGCUCAGCCAGAUCAAGGGCUGGAGGGUCCCUGUUACUAUGGGCAACAGGAGGUCGAUAUGGGAUAGUGACGAAGAUGAGGAAAUGAAGAAGGGCAGGGGUUGCAUGCUGCAGUACCAGCACUCCACGCUCCGGGUGCUGACACACUUCAUUGCCCAGGCUGACGCUGAAGUGCUGCCUGACCCACUAACAGGGGUAGAGCCCGUCGAGUACUUUCUGGGUCCUGAUUGGCAGGUGGAUGUAACUGGUCUUGUGCGCUCUUCUCUAAAAGUGGCGGAUCCUGAUGUAGCCAGGGUGCAGGAUGGGUUGGUGCUGCAGGGACGUGCUGUGGGCACUACUACAGUACAGGUGCUGUCUCCUCUGACGUCGCUGGUCCUGGCUGAGAGGAGCAUCAAGGUGGUGGAUGACAAAGUGAGCGUGACAGAGCUGGGGGUACAGCUGGUUUCUGGACUCUCUCUGUCCCUGCAGCUCAGCUCAGGGAGCAACAGGGCCAUCGUUGCCACGGCAACCACGCGGGAGACAAUCACGCAGCUCAAACAAGAAGCAGUAGUCAGCUGCUGGGUUCAGUUCAGCGAUGGCGCAGUUGUCCCGCUGGAGCUGUUUGACCGCAGUAUGUACUCUCUGACAGUCACUACCCCAGAUGAGGAGGUGGCAACAGUACGUCGCACCACGCAGUCCACAUUUGUAGUAGCACAAGGUGAAGAUGAAAGCCGGGUGGCGCUAGUGAGAGUGGAGCUGAGGAUCUGUGAGGAAUGCCAGAAGUCCAAGAGGAAGAGCAAGUUGGCAGUAGGCACGGGACUCCUCGGGAUUAACUUUCAAAGUAGCAGCAGGGUCGUGGCAGAAGGUGGUGGGGAGGAUGACGCUUAUGGAAAUAAAUACUUCGAGGGUGGUGCAUCGGAAGUGGUAGGUGAGCUUAAGACGACAGUGACAUCACAGCGUGCUGUCACAGAUAUGGACAAAUGGUUAUUUAGACCAGUACCUGACCAGCAGGAGUCCACCCUGGCAGAAACCUCCACCUCAACCACAUUUUCAACAAGAUACAUGCAGCCACAUGUUGUAUGGAUUGGGGAUACAACCAAAGCUGCAAGAGGUACCACAUAUGAUAUCAGUUCCUCGACUGCCACUACAGCUAUGACCAAGCCAAGCUUAAACACACCACUGAGCACUGCCAGACCAACAGCAGGUUUAUCUAGUAAAGGAGAAGGGCAGAAGAGAAGCUAUGGUAACAUGCUCGACAGCCCCAAUUCACCCUCUAACAAAGACAUUCCUAAAACAUCCGGGAAGGAGCCGCCUAAAUCUAGAACUCCAAAAGUAAUUGAGAGCGACCUCAUUAGGACAUUCAAAGCCAUGUCGGACUUGGAGAUUGGGAUGUAUGCCUUGGUGGGGGUUUCCUGUGUAGCUAUCUUGGCUUUUUUGCUUAACUGUGCUUCAUAUAACCUCUGUUUCCGGAAUCACAAGACCCCCAUACAGGCAGCCCCGGUACCCAGCGGGGACCCAAAGGAUCACAAGCAUGACUGGGUGUGGCUGGGGAGCAACAAUCAUAACACUACUGGACCAGGUGCCCCAGGUGCCCCAGUUCAAGUAUCCACUUUAAAGCGUGAGCCUCAUCGCCCUCUAGAGUCCCAUCACUCCAUGGACUCCAUCGGCCACCGCAGCAUGGAGAGCACUCUACCAACUGUGAGUGCCCCCGCUGUCCCCGAAAGAACUGCCACCCUGGGCCGCAGCAGGUCCAGCUCCCAGCAGCAGUUUCAAGGAAAGAUAAUCGACCCCAUGGCGAACCGUUCAGCCACCUUGCUAGCCAGGCCACAUCGCGACGAGCCGCUUCAUUCCCCCACCAGUAAGCGAAACCAGGUCCAGUUCACCACCUUUACCACGCUGGACAUCAAACACCUGGCUGCACUGAAGAAGAAUGGUGUGGACUUAAACUGGGCCAACCAGCAGGCACAGCAACAACGAGCCCUUGCCGGACCCCAAACACCUUUACCUGACAUACCAUGGCCUGUAGUCAAACCUCUAGGGAAGGCCCAGUGAGUUUGUUUCUGUGUGUGUGUGUGUGUGUGUGAGUACGAAUGAGUAAGAGUAAGAGAAGAAAAUGUGUACAUACUGUACACAGCACGUUCUGGUGUAUAAUGUCUAAAAGAAAAGAAGCUGGCUUUUGUUUGUUGUUUUUUUUGAUAAAAGAUAAAUCACUUCAGAGGAUAUAUUUAUUGAGGUUAGAUGAAGGACAUUUUAUAUUUAAAAAAGUGCAUGCUCAGUAAAAUCUCUACCCAUGAAGAGCAACAUAAGACAUACUGCGUUGAAGACAGAAAGAGAAUGGUGAUGGUUUUAUCCUCUUGUAAAAGAUGUGCUCUCCAGAUCUGAUGUUAUAAAUAUACAUAUAUCUAUGCUAUUACUUAUUUCUACAUUUCUAACUCGAAUCAAAUAAAUUUUGAUCUCCUUGUUCUUUUGUACAAUUCUGUUACCCCUGUAGAAAUGAUAUUGCUAGUUGUCAGGGUAAAUGCAGUAUGGGAGGGAUUAUUUCUAUUCCAGUAGUUCUUUUCUUUCCCAGCCUUUUGUACUUUUUUCUAGGAUUCCUCCAGUGAAUACCUGAAGACUCUGUGCAAUUUGUCAGAGAAAUAUGCAACAUUUAUCAAAUGAUUUUGAGCAAUCCGUCACUGUAGUCUUCACUGGAUAUUUAUUCAAAUAAAAUGCAUGCUAUGCAAAUAUAGUCUGUGCAGAGUUUGAAGUGGACAUUGUUUCUGAAUUUUUUAAACAA